AUAAAGAAGAAUACGUAAUAGAUUUUUUUUUGUCUAGUUCAGUAUCGAUCAACUUUUUUCGACUUAACUCAUGGAAAAUUGGAAAGAUACUGCGGUCGAUCUGUGCAGAUCUCAUCACACCCAUGCUCUGGAAUUUUUUUGGAUAUUUUACCAUUUCUCCAUUAUGGCUGGCCAACACCCUCAAUCAGCUGGGCCUCCUCUCUCUCAGCUAUUCAAUUUCUCACGCAUGGACCAAAAUCUGUCAUCAGCUGGCACAUUUGGCAGUGGACAUUGCUGAUUUGCUAGAACGACUCUGCUCUUCACCUGGUUUCCUCAUCCUCCUGCUUAUCGUAUUAUUCCGAUGGCGACUUAUGCCCAUGCAUCUACUCAAACUGAGGCUCACUUGUCUCCCAUAUCCUCUGUGGACAGUAGUCUUGCUACGACCACACCUCCAGAUUGCAUUUUUGGAGAUCUCAUGAAGAUCACUACGACUGGAGCAGCUAUGGAAACGGCUGCCCAGGACAACUACACCAUAAGUGGUGUGCAAGCCUCACAUAAAAUGGCUGAAGUUGAUCUGGAGAGGAUGAACCAGUACAAGACCAUCAUCAUGAAAGUUGCCAGAGCUAAAAAGAUGGACCCAGCUGUGAUCGCAGGUAUCGUAUCCAGGGAGACGAGGGCUGGAUCGUGUGGAUCAGGGCUCGUUGAUGGCUGGGGAGACCAGGGCAAUGCCUUUGGACUUAUGCAGGUUGACCAACGCUACCACUGUCCAGCGGGAGACUGGGACAGCGAGGAACACAUGAUCCAAGCUACUGAUAUUUUAAUCACUUUCAUUAAAACAAUUCAACAAAAAUUCCCAGACUGGUCCAAGGAAGAUCACUUCAAAGGAGGAAUCGCAGCCUACAACGCUGGCCCGGGAAAUGUCUGCUCUCAUGAGGGCAUGGACAUCAAGACUACAGGGAAGGACUAUGCGAAUGAUGUAGUGGCUAGGGCCCAGUGGUUCAAACGCAAUGGCUACUGAGCAAUAUAUCUCAAGUGCAAUGUCUUCUGAGCAUUAUAUCUCAAACACAAUGGCUAUUGAGCAAUAUAUCUCAAACGCAAUGGCUAUUGAGCAAUAUAUCUCAAACGCAAUGGCUUCUGAGCAUUAUAUCUCAAACGCAAUGGCUACUGAGCAUUAUAUCUCAAACGCAAUGGCUAUUGAGCAUUAUAUCUCAAAUGCAAUGGCUUCUGAGCAUUAUAUCUCAAACGCAAUGGCUACUGAGCAUUAUAUCUCAAACGUAAUGGCUAUUGAGCAUUAUAUCUCAAACGCAAUGGCUUCUGAGCAUUAUAUCUCAAACGUGAUGGCUAUUGAGCAAUAUAUCUCAAAUGCAUUGGCUACUGAGCAUUAUAUCUCAUGAUGCACUGCAUAACUCAUACACUACUUUUUGAAUUUAUCCUUAUAUUGCAUUGAUGGAUCAUGUGGAUGAUUUGUGACUAUGCAUUUCUUCCUAAGUAUCAAACAUAGUAAUUACAGUAUUAGUCUUAUGAAACGUAUUUAACAAUAAAAUAUACAGAAGGUUCAUUAAAUAACCUGUUGAUUAAUAGUAGUACAAACAGUGAAUGUAACAGUAGGAUGUGGUUUUUCUGAGGUGGCUCUGUUAUGGUGUGAGGGGCGUUUAGUUUUGCUGGCAUGGUUUGUAUCCACUUUUUUUCCUUAAAUAAAGGCGUCACUACAAAUCAAUACAAAGUACUGAUCAGCUUUAUUCUAUAAAGAAACUUUUCUAUCUGGAUGGGCGUGGUCUCUUCCAGGAUGACUCUACCCCAUCCAUAGGGCAUGAGGGCUCACAGAAUGGUUUAAUGAGUAUGAAAAUGAUGAAAAUCAUAUGCUUGGGCCUUCACAUUCACAACAUCUCAAUCCAACUGAACAUUGAGUAGUUGUAGAAUUGGGCACAUUCAGUCUGUUCAGGCUGAUCCUUGCAUCUCAACACCUUACCUUAGUAACAUUUUACAGCAUUACCAUUAUCAUUAUCGACUGUAGGAGGAAAGCUCCCCCUCUUCAGCCUCUUAUCAUUAAAGGGUUUGAUGUGGAGCAGGCUGAUAGUCACAAGUUUUCUUCACAUGAUGGGAAACCUGAGCCUGGCUGAUAACACCAUGGCCAUAGUGAAGAAAGCACAGUACUUCAUCAGGGUGCUGAAGAAGUCCGAACUCAGCCGUCAGCCCCUCACCCAGGCUUACAGAGGACUUGUUGAAAGUAUUCUCACCAGUGGUAUUACCGUAUGGUUUGGAAAUACUACCCAGGCUACCCUCUAUGAAAAUAUUAUACACACAACGUUUCAGGAGAAAAGCGUAGAGCAUUCUUAGUGAUCAAAAUCACCCUGCUCACUCUUUGUUCAUGUGGAAUAACUCAGGCCAUCAAAGGCCAAUGAGGAUCGCCACUCAUAAGGCACAUAUUUAUAAUAGUUUUUUUUCCCCAGCCACUGUCAGACUGAUUGCAAAAGACAUUGAGGCUGGAGGGAAAUAUUUCACCUCCCAUCUUACUCAUAACAGGGACACUUAAUUCAUACACACGAUGGUCUAUAAAUGGGUUGUAUUAUUAAUUAUCUUAUUGGCUAUGCCCGAUAGAGUUUUUAUAUAAUCAUUUAUUUUACAUUUAUUUGUUAAAUUAAAUGAAUAUGUAUGUAUAGGUUUUUUUUGUAAUGUUGUGUUUAUUGUGUCAUUCUUAUAAAAUUUGACUCAAAGAGUUAUGCACAAAAAUUCCAAUGUACCUGUACUGCUUUGUACCUGUGCAAAUGGCAACAAAUCUAAUCUAAUCUAAUCUAAUCAACAUUUACAGCAUUUAU